CGUGGUUGGAAAUUGGUCAGCGGAGGUGGGCACUAUUGCGAAGGGCGCUCCAUUUCGGAAGACCCAAUCGAAGCCCUCGGGCGUUUGGACAUGGAGCAGGGCGGCGCGUAUGGCCAGGCUGCCGGCUUUCCCAGUAAAGCCGUGAACGAGCAGGCGGCUUCAAGGGGCAUAGGCCAAGGCUUGGCGGUAGCGGAUUUUUCGGAGGUGGCGGGGCGCCUGGCGCACAGGCGCAGCAGAACAGGAAUAGGAACGCGCCAACGUACGGCGCCGCCGCCCUUCGGCGUCAAGCAGCGCAGGCAAAUGCCUGAAGCCGUGCCGCCGGCGCCGCGCCCAGACAGGUGCCCCC